UUCUUUUUGUAUAUUUUCUGGGGUUACCGGAGAGACUGGGGUGGCGGCGUCUCAUGGGGAUUAGUCCCGCUCCGAACGUAUGACACAAAUCAUUGGAGCUGUAGGCCACCGAUAUCUGUUUUGAAAGACGGCCAAGGCACGGUUGCAUGACGCGGGGGGUCACCCGUCGAUCCACCCAUGGCAAAAGCGCUCCAGACAUCCAGCGUGGACGCCUCCCGCCGUGCUUGAGUGAGCACCAUUGCGGCCUCCUUGCUGAGUGUGGUGUUGGUGCCAUUCGUCGUCCGCAUCCUUACUUUCGUCCAGUCCUGCUGGUUCCUCAUGUUCUGCUUUUGAAACGGGGUUACUCUAGCCUCGCAAUGUCGCGAGGGGUGGGGCCGAUAGUCUGCGCAGUCAACUCGGCGGUAUGCUACUGUGAACAAUUGGCUGUUUGUAGUGGUGUCUUGGGUGGCUAUUAUAGGAUGUGCAGAGCAUCUUGUAUUGAAGAGUCUUGUUCUUUCGUACUGAGAUAUGUAUAAGUGUUGAGGGUCGUGGGCUAGGGCUAUACUCAACCAGGUGCAUACUGUGGGGGGAGCCAACACCAUGAUAGAGCAGAUUACCAAACUAGACCAUGAAACUUUAGAUACUCAAAUACAUAGACACAUUUUAUCUUCAAUUCGAG